AUGUCUCUCUAUGAGCUGCUGAUUCCGCCUACAUUUUUUGUCUUGUCCACCUUCAUCUUUCUCAUGGCAAUUCAGUUCCCCUCCCGAGCCCGAGUCCUGAUAUCUCCAUUGCUAUUCGGCACAGCGAUCAUCUCGCUUUACACCAGCUUUUACCUACCACCCCACGAGGGUACGAACGGUCUCUGGGCACUACUCAACUGCGUCUGGAUUCUACAUGCUUCACAUACAUUAUUUUUCAAUAAACUACGCAUUCCCCGUGGUGCCCCACCAUGGACCUCUGCAUACAAGAUCUGGGCCGAUCCACAGGGCCGAAUCAACUGGAAAGAUGUCUCAUCAAAAGUUUCAUCCAAGGCCUCGGCGGGUAGAGCGGAAAACAGAGUAUGGUUUGCCACCACGCGUUUUUUCAAAACUCUAGGCUGUUGGCUAUUACAGCUAUGCAUCUUCGAGCCCUUUAUGAUUCUAUCUAUUUAUCCCACGUCAGAGGACUUUGCGCCGUCUCGCCAGGUUCUGUUUCGACGUUUACUAUGGCCGAGCGCUGGCCCAGAGUUUACUCAGCGCGAGAUCCUGAUCCGCUUGUUUACUUCUGUAUCGUGGAUCUGGCAGGGAUUUUUGAUGCUCCACACUUGUCACGUCCUCCUGUCAAUUUUCUUCGUUACCAUAAUACGCAUCGAUGCACCCGAGGAAUGGCCGCCAUUGUUCGGCAGUCCGAUGGAGGCAUACAGUGUUCGACGAUUCUGGAACAAGUUCUGGCAUAGAAUGACGGUCCCCGGCUCUACUUCGUCUGGUAAAAUCAUUACUCAACGGGUGGGAGGUGUUGUACUACGCCCACGACUUGCGAAGCUUUUUAUCGCCUUUUGGACCUUUCUCUUGUCUGGGAUGUACCAUGCAAUUGCAGACUGGCAAGCAGGAGAGCCCUGCGUUCCAUCUGCUGAUUUGCUUUUCUUCAUCGCCAACUUUGGAGCUGCUGCAAUCGAAACAUUUGUGGUGCCGAUGAUCAUUCCGGUUUUGAAACAGCACGGCAACAGUAUAUUGUGCAGAAUUAUUUUGUCAUAUAGGGGAAGGCAGUUGAUCGGCUUUGCCUGGAUCUUGGGUUUUUUCUUCUGGAUUGUGCCGAAAUGGCAGUAUCCAAAAAUGCACCUCACACAGCUUAAAGCAGAAGAAGCCUUGGAUGCUUCAGACUGGUUUACUCCUCUGACUGCUCAAGCGCAGAAUUGA